GGCAGGAUAAAGUGCGGCUACGUUCUGUAACUUCAACUGACAGCAGCAGAAACCCCCUCAGAGCACAGUGACUUCAAGUCGUCUUAACGAGCCGAAUCACGCAAAAUCCCUGCCAAAAUGGAGUGGACCCCGAUGGAGAUCAAUCCCGAGAUGCUGAACAUGUUAAUGAAAUGCCUCGGCGUGGGCGAAAGCUGGCGCUUCGUUGACGUGGUGGGGCUGGAGAGUGAGCAGCUCGCCGCCGUCCCGAAGCCAUGCUGUGCCUUGAUGCUGCUCUUCCCACUGACACAACAGCACGAGUCUUUCAGACAGCAGCAGGCAGACAAGGUUGCAUCUGACUCUGAGGUUUAUUUCCUGAAGCAGACAGCAGGCAAUUCCUGUGGCACCAUCGCCCUGCUGCAUGCAGUGGCCAACAACAAAAGCAAACCAACAUUUGCAAGUGACUCAGUCCUGAAGAAGUUUCUAGAUGAGACUGCAAACAUGUCUGCUGACGAACGUGCCAGACUUCUGGAGGAGAACCAGGCGAUCCGCAAUGCUCACAAUGAGGUUGCAGUGCAGGGCCAGUGUAGGCCUGAAGCAGACAAAGUCAAUUUCCACUUUAUCGCCUUUGUCAAUGUAAAUGGACAACUGUAUGAGUUUGAUGGGAGAAUGAACGGACCAGUGAAGCACGGAGCUACCAAAGAUGAGUCAUUCAUAACGGAUGCAGCAAAAGUGUGCCGUGGAUUCAUGGAAAGAGAGCAAGGCGAGGUCCGUUUCUCCUCCGUGGCUCUUUGUCAAAGUUAAGAUGUUCAGUUGGACACACCAACAAAUUGUAAAACCAAAAUCAUCCCGGAGCAUUCACACAUGGCAAACACAAUCAAAAAGCACCCAUAACACUAUGCACUAUAAAGCACAUAUUGUCUCCACACACUGUACUCUCAUCUCAUGAACAAAGCAUUCUUUAGCACACGUACACACCAACGCACCAUCAAAACCUUUUGUUCUGGUGACACUAACUGAGACAAAUGUGUCCUAACAUUUUUAUGUGAUAUAUCAUUCAGCAGUGAAUUGUAAAACACGAGGUCAGAUGUCACCACUGCUUGUGUGCAUGUGUGUGUUAGGGAUUUUUUGCAGCUUUUUUUGCGCGUAAUCAUUGCUGCGUCUGUCGAACUGAGAAUACUGUUGCUUAAAUACCUUUUGUGCCAAUAAACAGAGGAAAGAAAAGUGAGAGGGAGAAGGCAGAAAACAUGCUGAGAAAUGUUUCGCCUGUUUCUCUGAAUGCCUUCAGUUGCUGUGUGGUUGAGUUUAUAAGGAUCUGACAUUCCUCAGAACAGCCCAAUUGUAUCCGUAGGAAUAAUUUAACCAUUGUUCAGAAUGUGCACGCAACCUUUUGAGUGCUGUUCUUGGGUGUCACUGACAUUUAUCUGGGAAAAACUGAGGUUUUCUUUGAGAAGUUUGUAUUCAAAGUGCAAAAUGAUAGUGGAGGUUUAGUCAUUUUCUUUGUUUAGUUUACCUACAGGCCCAAGUUUUCAAAAAUGUAUUAAUAAAGUGGAGUUAUGUUUGCACUUCAGUUAACAAUCUGCUAAAGUUCAAAUGUUAAAAUAUACAAAUAGUGUGCAAUUUAACACAGAAAAUACAAAAUCUCCAAACAUGGUAGGGGCCAUCAAAAUAAAGUGUUGGGUUGUUGUCGUGCAGUGCAGGUUGAUAGUACUGUGUGUCUAGACUGUGCACCACUUGUUUACCUUUCUGCACUUUCCAAAUACUGUGUUGCUGUAGUUCUGCUGAUGAUGCAGUUGUGGGAAUUCAAUAAAGCAACCAUUAAACUUAAA